GUCAGUUGACCUUGGCAACACUGCAGGAACGUGAACAGAACGGGUCCAGUAUCAGUUGCAAUUUACCUUUUUAUUCUAUCAUGGUCUCUUAGCUUACAGUAGUUUUGACACAAGUACGAAUUGUACCUACAUGAUUUGCUUCGAACUGUGAGGCGAGUGAGUGCUUAUCAGAGGCCCUGGAUAAAAAGCUGUAUGAAUACCAUACAUCGGUCUAUAUAGAACUUCAGUCCAUUUGUGAGAUACGCUUGCUGUUCAUCGUCACCUACACUUGAACAUUUUAAAAAUGGAAGGUGAUGAGUUACUGAAAUGCAAUGUAUGUCUAAGUGGUUUUGACAAAAACAUCCACAAGCCUCUGUUACUUCCAAAUUGUGGACACACAUUCUGCAGAUUUUGUCUGGACACUCUUUACAAGCAGUCCAAGAAAUCAUGUCCAGAGUGUCGAAAACAAGAUGCAGUGGUCUCAGUUGAAUUAUUGCCAACCAAUUUCAGUUUGCUUGCUUUAGCAGAGUCUCUGGCACAAAGUGAGCCUGACUUGUCAACAAGGCCUAAGUCACACAAAAUACAGGGGUCGCCAACUAGAGACACAGAUUCUGAAGACUCUGAGGCACUUUCAACCACAAGACCAACAAGAGCUCCUCUUCAUUCUGCAGCAGCACCCAGAAACCUUGUGAAUUUAGGGGCCAGGCCUAGACCAAACCCAGGACGGGCCUAUCAAAGCCGGUUGUCAAGGAAGCACAAAGCACAGCACCCACCUCCAGCUUUUAUGCAACAGGCCACAAGUGUGAACUCACACCAGCAGGCAAGGUGGAGGAAUGGAGAGAAUAUGGAUCAGCAAGAUUUCUGCAAUGACAAGAAAGAAGCUAUAAGACUGCAGGAAGAGCUAGACUUUCAGAUGGCAAUACAUCUGACAUUUUGUAAGGAUGCCAAUCAUAAACAUGAUGACCCAGACUGUUUCCCAAACUGUUGGCAAUUUCCUGCAGAUGAAGAGCUUUCUGCUGCCAUACAUCAGACCUUUUAGUUUGUUCAUGUCAUUUUAACUGAAACAUUUUAUCUUUUAUCACUACUGCUCUGAUCCCUUUCCUCAGGUGUGAUUCAAUGGGGGUGUAUUAGUUACUUGUUUUUCACAUUAUUCAGUACUACAUUUGUAACUGCAACAUCUACUAUUAUUAUUUACUAAUAAUUUGAAAGGGGAUGGGUAUAUCUAAGAAAGUUAUGAUUUUUUUUUUUUUUUUUUUUUUUUUUUUUUUUUUUUUUUUUUUUUUCCCCCCAAGAUAUAAUAUUCUAUUUUUUUGUUUAGAAAAUCAGUUUUCCAACAAACUGAAAAUGUCAAGAUAGCUUUUUAUGUUGUCUUCUGUUAGAAAAUUCUUCUAACAUUUUUGUGUGAGGCAGUUAGAAGUUAGAAGGGAUUUUACUCUACCUACAUGGAAUAAAUGCUUGUCAAUUGGUUACAAAGUUUUAAUUGUGUAUUGUAUAAUUGAACAUUGUAUCUUAUAUUUGAUUAUGAUCAUUUUUAUGUAAAUUUAUGUCAUUUUGUGUGUGUGUGUGUGUGUGUGUGUGUGUGUGUGUGUGUGUGUGUGUGUGUGUGUGUGUGUGUGUGUGUGUGUGUGUGUGAGAGAGAGAGACAGGCAGGUAUAUAUUGAUAAACGUAAUCAACACCAUAAUCUAGGUAUCAUUGAUUAUUCACAAUUUUCUUUGUUAGAUGGAAUACAUCUACCUUAUGCAGAUUUUUACACUGAGAUUUGAUUCACUUGUGCCUCACAUGUUGUUUUGAUGAAAAUUCUUGCUACACUGUGUGGCAUUCCAGGUUUUCCAAAAUUGCUAAAAGAAUUGUUUACCAAAGAACUCAUUCUAAAUUUGUAUUCAGGUGAGAAUCACAAUCUUGAUUAUGUACUUGAUUAAACUGAAUUUGUCGUC